AUGUUUGUCACGACCUUUCAUGAAAUGUUCCCCCGUGAAACCGAAAAGCUGGAGCUGCCGUCGAUUUCGCAGGUCCACACUCGCGGUCCUGCUGAUAUCCCCUGGUACAACCACCACGCGGCCGAACGACCGUUGUUAUCAGGCGAUAAGCUCCCCGCGCUGAGUCUCCCAACCGCAACCCAAGCCCCAUCGCGAGUUUAUCAAGACAACCCCGGAAGUGGAACUUCGAGUGCCCGUACAAGUCUGUCCGGCGCCUCUGCCGUCCAAGAACCCCGCAGCCCGCCUGCGGAUCUGGGGGCCCAGGGCCGGCUCUCGCUUGAUUCGGAGUAUAGUAUCGUGCCCAACGAGGCCUACUAUCCCAGCCCGACCUCGCUCGGCAGCAUGAAUCAGGCCCAGCCUUACAUGGACGUUCAUCAUAUGUCUUCUGCUCAGCCUUACGCCUCACAGGGUGCAACUGCCGGUGCCAUGUCGCAUUAUCCUUACCAUCAACAGCCCCCGGUUUUGCAACCUGCUUCUAGCUAUGCUCCUGCUUCGUACCCGCAGUACGGAUAUCCUAAUGGGGUGACUUCGCCGCCUACCGGACAUCCCCCUCCGGCUAGCUCGAUCGCGGGUGGAUUACCGCCUCAGAUUCUGCCAUUGCCCGGUGUGAACAACCAUUCAGUUACUGCAGGAUAUGGCAACAGCACUGGGUCACCAUUGCAGGGUUAUAUUUACGACUCAACUGGUCAGAUUGCCCCACCUGGAGCUAAGCCUCGGGUCACAGCCACUCUGUGGGAAGAUGAAGGAAGUCUAUGCUACCAGGUGGAGGCCAAGGGUAUCUGUGUCGCGCGCCGAGAGGAUAACCACAUGAUCAAUGGUACCAAGCUCUUGAAUGUUGCGGGAAUGACUCGUGGACGUCGCGAUGGAAUCCUUAAGAGCGAGAAGUUGCGCCAUGUCGUGAAGAUUGGGCCCAUGCAUUUGAAGGGUGUUUGGAUCCCAUUCGAGCGUGCUUUAGAGUUCGCCAACAAGGAGAAGAUCACCGAUCUUUUGUACCCUCUGUUUGUGCACAACAUCGGAGGUCUGCUGUAUCACCCGGCAAAUCAGAACCGGACCAACAUGGUAGUGCAAGAGUCGCAGCAACGGCGCUUGGAGGGCCCUCCUGCAGGUCCUCAGCGUACACCGACUGCACCCCAGUCCUCGACCCUGCACCACCAUGCCAUGCAGACCCCCAUGUCCUCCCAAAUGUCACAACCCCCAUCUUCCAUGGGGGGGCCAACGUCCAGGCAUGGAUCGGGCUUUCCCUACUCCCCCAGCCAGCGCAUCAAGCCUGAUGGGCGGAGCUCAUACGAAUGGGGCAAUCAGGGUAUGAACUCUGGUGUGCCUCACACUCAGCCGCUCUCGAUUGACACUCAGUUGAGUAACCAGCAGCGAUCAAUGCCCACUACACCCGCGACUACCCCUCCGGGUAGCAACAUGCAGGCAAUGCCCCCGUACCAGGGUCAGCCGGGAUACGAGAGCUCCAAGCCUUACUACUCCGCGCCUCCUCAGUCUCACUCCCAGUAUGCGCCUCACACACCCAUGACGCAGUCUGGGAUCUCUUCAUACGGCCAACCGAUCGGUCAGUCGCUUCCGGCGGUGGGCUACCUGAAGAGUGAAAUGGCACCACCUACGGGUCGGGCCCCAGGUGCCCCCGAGAGUGAACCCGCUGAGCUGAAGUCUGAACGCUACUCCCAGAGCAAUGGCCCUGAUGACUCCGUGCCCCCACAGGAGCCUGAAUACAUGCAGGAUCAGGGGAGUACCUACGGGUCCAACCGUGGAUCCUAUACGUACACAACCAACCCAUCAGUCGGAUCUUUGACCGGUGAACACUCGCAAUUGACACCGGAGAUGACCGGCUCGCCGCAGCAGAAUGGUUCCGGGCGCAUGACUCCUCGAACAAGUGUUAGUGGACCUCCUCCUCACUGGACCUCUGGAUACAACACUCCUCCACGCCCAUCCGCUGCUACAACCCUCUACAAUGCUGUUAGCGACACUCGUGGCACACCAGCUAACGGUGUCUCUGACCCUUACUCCAUGGCCUCUAACUCAACUCCCGUGUACUCAACUACCGUGAACGGCUCUCUGGGUGGAUCUGGUGGAAAGCGCAUGCGCGAUGAUGACGAGGUGAUUCGUCCUGAAAGCACUGGCGAAUAUGAGAUCAAGCGUCGUAAAACCAUCACUGAAACCACCAUGGGAGGCCCUGUUGGCGGAGGUCCUCUCCUUCAUCCCAUGAAGACUGCCGCCGCAGCAAUGGGUCGUCGCAGAUAA